CUCAUUUCGACAUAAUAGAUGCCGAAGAUGAUAAACGGAUAAAUAACGAAGAGAUGUCAAAGACCGUCCCGGAUACUCCUGACUUGAACACCAAUUUCGUCUGCACCGGCCAAUAAUCAGGCCUCCUUCCAACUGCCCCGCCCCCGCCUCUACAAUUGAGAUUGCUCCACGCUCUCACCUCUCACCCACUGCGGCCAACUUCAGAAUGGCGGAGCAAUCACAACUUCGAGAUCUCAGUGGCCUUUCAGCGCAGUUCCGCAGCGCAAUGGAAGGUCUCACCCACCAAUGGGGCUUUGUCGUUGUGCGCACCGCCUAUGCUAAUGACAACGACGACGCACAGUGGGCUGCCGCCUUGAAGAAGCUACACGACUACGCUACCCCGUCGGAGAGUGGGGCUGAAAUGGAUCCCGACACGUUCGCACUACCCGUCAUCUCUGACAGUGCUCUUCUGCGCGGGGCUGACUAUGCCUCGGUGCGCAAGGCGUUUAACCAGUGGAUCGCAGAUUUUGUUGGCCGGGAGAGAAAUGAAGACGACGACGACGACGAAGAGUGGCCGUCGGACGUCCGGCGCAAUGUGUGCAUUGUCAUCGACGAAGCUGUACUGGCUUCGUUGCUGAAUGCGCCAGACUUUGCUCGCGGCAAAGUCCCGAACCUGGACCUGGAGCCGUGGGUCACUGUACUGGACGCCGAGGACCCGGCCAACAUGCCUUAUCGCGGAGGGGCGCCGUACAUGGGCUUCACAAGAGCCUACGCGCGUGUUCUCAGCCAGCUGUUCGAUGAUCUCGACUCGCGGUCUCUGGAGAAGCUGAGUCCGAUUCGUGUCUACGAUGGCCAGAUACCGCUUUUCACUGGUUCUUCGCAGGGCAAGCUUGUCGAUCCGCCUGGUGGUGUGGAUGGAAGAUACAAGUUUCCGCGAGGAACACCGAGGGGUGCGCAGGGAGCGCAGACUAUGUUGGAAGAGAUUGAGCGAGCGGUGGGGAGAGCAGGCAUGGGUUAUUGAUUCUGAUGAGUUGGAGGACAUCAAAUGGAAGAGGACAGAAGUGGUAGUGCAGCCUAUGCCUGCUCUUGUUCUUUUAAUUCUGAGAUGAAACUCAAAAAACUGCUUAAAAUGUUGUAGCUAGGUUACAACUUGGUAAAGAGAGGGUAUUGCCUUCACCGACCCCAGGCCAAUGUUCAAUGCAGUGCAGUAAGCGUCACGUGACCAGCGUUCAGUGUACCAGUCGGCAC